UUCGGAUUUUCUUAUUCAUCUCAGAAGCUUAUUUCUUUUAUCAUAAUAAGCAUCAAAUUGCCCAUUAUAAAGGGGGUGUAUCAGCCAGGAUCACUCCGAUAACUCUCGUUUAUCAGCCUCAUUAUUUAGUUAUUACACAACAGCCUUACCCCUGCACUACUCAUUUACCACUACUAAAGAGAAAACGUGUUCUUUUAGAUAGCAGCAUAUAUACCUCCAUAGGUAACAGUAAUCUAGAAGGACAAGCGGCGUCCAAUUCCUCGCGUACAGCUUCACACUUUCAUAUUCUUCUCGAUGACAGGAGGAAGAUGCCAUCCCCCACCAGAGAUCCCUGGACCGUAUUUCGACUUCGGGUUUUGCACUUGCCAGGACGAAUUCGAAGAAAUGAGAUUGAGUAACCUCUAUAAGCGGCUUCUCUUUGGCUCUAAACCUCUAGAAGAUAUGGCGGGGAGUUUAAGUCAUCUAGUGCAUCCGCCGUUGUGCACUUUCACUGAAUUCUGGCAUGCCUUCGAUGAGCGAAGGCUAUCAUGGCUCAUCGACAGCCGGGGUUUAAAGCAAGAAAGAGAAAAGUUUCGGCAUCUGGAUACAGUUCUAGGCUAUCGGGCCGGGCAAGCAUGGCCAAUUGUAUGGUUGCUCAAAACUUUCCUGAACGAUGAAAGCGCGACCGCCGCUCCAACCCUAGUGGCGAUUGAUUUCGCGUUUCUCCGCUGUAAAAACUACUUCGAAAUUCGAGGUCUGAAGGACUUGUAUCGGGAGGUCUUGAGGUACGCAGAUCUUCUCGAGUUGAACAAAGCCUGUGUCACAGAGGAGAACCGAUUGCUGGAUUUUGUGAGCGAAUAUGUCAAGGUCAAAAAGGAGAUCGUCGAGGUUCUUCAACCAUGGUAA